AUGCCGAGUGCUAGCGGCCCAUCAUUUCCACCGAAAGAGGAGGCUGGUGCCAUUGUGUUGGCCCCGAAAAAGAGUCCUGCUACAAGACAAGGAAAAGAAAAGGUGUCCCUGUUGACCAACUUCUGGGAAUUAACGGUGGAACAUAAAAUUGUCUAUCGCUAUGAUGUGGCCAUCUAUCUUGGUACUCCCACAAAUGAAAGAGCAUUCGACCUUUUACGAGGCCCACGCGAUGAUUCCGAAAUUACAAGAAGACAUCGCCUGUGCAUGGAUGCACUCCGAUUUGCUUUGGAAUUCCGGAGAAUUCUCAGCUUAGGCUCUGCAGUAAUUCAUGACGGCGCUGCUAUGAUGUUUUCCUCGGAAAAUCUUAGCGCUGCACUGAAGGAGCACAGUGGGGUUCUCAUGUUGGACAAAAAGGAUUUGCCACCGGGAAUAAGAAAGCUGAUUUACCAAGUGGACGUCGAUACAAUUACGAUCCAGAUUACACCAUGUCAGUCAGCAGCUGCCUCUUUUGAUAUGGCAGAUUUACAUGCACAGGGAAAUCGAAAUUGGGCUACACUUGAUCGUUCUUGGAAGCAAUUCUAUGAGCUAAUCACUAAUCAGGAUGCUGUGAUGAGCGGACGUUUCACACAGUUUGGAGCUGGCUCCCUUUAUUACUGUUCUCCGUCGAAGGACAGAGUUGGUUUCGGCUACGAAAGAUUUGAAGGCGCUCGCAAAGGCAUCAAGUAAGC